CACAAACAAAUAGAAAAAUAAAUUGUUGAGAAAAUGUUAAGAAAAAUAUAUUUUUUUAUAAAAAAAGGCCAAGGAGUAAAAAUAAAAAAAUACAGGGUGCACCAUAAAAGGAAUACAGAAAAACGGAAAAAAAUAAAUAUGGAAAGAGAAAAAUAUAAAUGGUAUGCGACAAAAUGGUACAGAACAAAAACGUACGAGGGGCAAAAUGGGGAAGAACUGUGGAGAUUGACAAGAAAAUAAAAUUUAAAAAACGGAAUUAGCAAAAAAACAAAAAAUAGCAUCGAAAAACAGCAUCGAAAAAGGAUU